CCCUCCAGAGCAGUAGGCGGCGCUGUGGCGCCAAACGUGUAUUCGCGCUCUCUCUGGACACGUCAUGCUAGCGGAAGACUAAAAUCAUCUGCGCGUGCGUUCCGCUGUCUUCGUAAUUUUCAAGCUCGAGGCAGUGGACGAAGAUGAGGCUGCUCUGUGUAUUUGCUCUGGUUGCUGUGCUGGGUCUGGUGGCAGGAGAAGAAGGGGCUCGUCUGUUGGCUUCCAAGUCCCUGCUGAACCGAUAUGCCGUGGAGGGACGAGAUCUUACCCUGCAGUACAACAUCUACAAUGUGGGCACCAGUGCUGCUCUGGAGGUGGAGCUGUCGGAUGACUCGUUCCCCCCUGAAGAUUUUGGCAUUGUCUCCGGAAUGCUGAACGUGAAAUGGGAUCGUAUUGCUCCUGCCAGUAAUGUUUCUCAUACAGUGGUUCUGCGGCCACUGAAAGCUGGGUACUUUAACUUUACCUCUGCAUCUGUUAGCUACCUGGCCCAGGAGGGCGGACAGGUUGUGGUCGGUUACACAAGUGCUCCGGGUCAGGGAGGCAUUCUUGCCCAGAGAGAGUUUGACAGGCGCUUUUCUCCACAUUACCUGGACUGGGCAGCUUUUGGUGUCAUGACCCUUCCCUCCAUUGGCAUUCCUCUGCUCCUGUGGUACUCUAGCAAGAGAAAAUACGACUCACCGAAGAGCAAAAAGAACUGAGUUAUCUAAUACAAGACAAAAAACAGAUCAGGGAUCAUUGUGGGAGUGGAAGGAGGAGGGGUAUUAAGUGAACGGGGUGGGUUGACAAUGUUGUUUUUGAAUAAAUUAAGUACCCAUAUUGGGGUAAAUGGUCCAAUGAUUUAAUCUGUUUUUAAGUGAGGUUGGCCUUCAUCAAAAAAUUAGUUCCAAGUAUGAGAAUUACCAACUGCUUUUGAUAUUUAAAAUGGCCAUUCUAGGGUCGCUUAAAUUUUUUUUUUUUUUUUUUUUUUUUUUUGUAAUUAUU